AUGGCUUCCUCGCAUGUUAUUGAAUGUCCCGAAAGUUACGACAGCGAAUUUGCAGAUGUUUUCGAAAAUUUAGAGCACAUUUCUGACGAUGAUUGGGCAAGUGAAGAUGGGGAUGACAGUGAUUUUGAUUUGGGUGAACCUAGUUCUAAUAACACGAAGGCGAAGAAGGUGGGAAGACGCGACCUCAAACAUUUAGACGAGUACAUCGGCGUAACUACGACCAGUACUUCAGACGACAUAGUGCGUAAGAUGUUCACCUGUCAUGUAUGCUGCAAAACUUUCAAGACAAAACGGGGCUGUAAAUUACAUCUGACCAAUGUACAUAAAGUCAAUGAUACUUGUGGUGACAUUAAAAUAGCUGGGAGAUAUGCAGAGCAAGGCAUUACCAAGCAAAGAAAGACCAAAGGGCGAAUACAUAUCCCAACGUAUACACUGUAUCAUGUUAUGGUGGAUGGGAAACAGUUAUUUAUACAAGCUAUGAGCAAGUUACAGACAAGUGAUAUUCUGAAUAGCAGAAUAUUAUUAGGGGUGGCUAAAACAAAAACAGCAGUCACUGCAUUAAUUGAUGGGGUAGCUGAUGUGGAAGAAGGGAUUAUUUCUUUCAUUAAAGUUCUGUGGCCAGCAGUAACUGGAGGAGAUGGUAAACUUCUCUACACCAGUCGCAGAGAAGCCAUCUACAGUAGUUACCACUCGGUGAGGUUGUCACCAGAGUUAAAGCAGACCGUGACUUUAUUGCUCAAUAAAGUGAAUGCACCAGUUUCAGCAGCUAUUAUUAUGAGUAUUAGCAGAGUGUUUUUUGAUGAGAUUCUGCUUGCCCGUGAAAGGAAGGAGCUAAAUGAUGACAAUAAUCAAGCCACAAAAAUGACAAAUAUUGAGGAGAAUGCACUGAGGUAUGCAUGUGGGUAUAUCCCAAUGGCAUUAUCAAAGCAACUACAGCGCCGUGGACCAGCUUUUGGAUCAAUGGUCAAAACCCUCUCUGCAACGAAGACCACAGGAACUGAAUCAAAGACAUUCCUCUCUUACACAACUGAGUGGGUUGAGAAGGAAAAUCGUGGUGGUCUUUUCCCUAUUAAUGACACAGCAUAUCUUUUUUUUCGUCGAGUUGAACACUUUAUUCGGCUCCAUUUCACUCAGAGACAUAAUAGAAAAAUACAUGAUUCUGUGACAGAGUCUAUGUUGGCAGAUAGGGUGGCCUUGACAUACUGGUCACAGCUUUCAGCUGGUUUGAAUGACAGUGCUUCACUACAACUUAUGUGUAUGUGCAUAAAACUACUGGUAAAUAUCCGUGGUCAUUCAACAGCACGCAAAAUCAUUGAGGAAUUCAAACUGAAAGCGGCCAAUUUAUCGAGAGACUCUAAAGGUAUUCGUAAAGAACUGAAGUAG